CUCUGUUCAGCGCUGGUAUUUUUUUAUUUUUUUUGUCCCUCUGCCUGCCACAAUCUGAUCAGUUCUUGAAAUCCAAACAUAUUGCCUAAGGCAGUCUGAGACGUGCAGGCCUGCCAGCUGGGAUCUCUCUCGUAGGACCCACGCCGAUAUGUCAUCACAUUUCAUUCGCUCCGCAAAAUGAAUUGCCUGAUUGAAAAACUCUGCUGUAUCCAAGCCUCUGAUCAUCUCAUGCUGACCCAGCUUCUUUCCAGCUUCAGCCUGUGAUGAAUUUAAGUUGAUGGCUGCAGGAUUUUUCCUCUUCUCUUCCAGAUAUCCUACAGGUUCUGAGUGACAUAGAUGAAAUGUCCAAACGGCGUCCUGAAAUCCUGUCUUUCUUUGCAGUGAGUAUACCAAGGCCCACCUCUGAGCCGUACAGAUAAACACACACCACUGCACUGUAGGAACCAGACUCCGUCUACUUUCUGUAUUACUCUUCCAAUCCUCUCAUCAUUUUUUAUUACUAUUACUAAUGAAUACGGUACAUUUGUACAUGAUACAAUUUUAUUUAUUUUUUUACAUUUCGCACCAAAAGCUAAUUUAACCUGGUGCAUAAUGUUUUGAUUUUGUAAAAUAGAACUGCUGUUUUGGGGUGUUAAAAUUAAGUCUUAGAAAUGUUGCAAGCUACCUACUUGUUCGUUGUGGUGCAUUAGCUGUGUACCUCCGGGCACACCUUGGUGAAGUUGCUCCAUGAGAGAGGGAGACAGAGAAUAUUCGUGCGUGUAUGAGUAUACCUACCAUACACUGCAGUUUUUUGUUUUGCCUUUUAAGAACCCACAAGAUUUAAUACAUAAUCCCAACUAACAUUCCAUUCCAAUUCAUUCAGUUUGUAGUCUGCUGCAUUUUCCUUUUUGCUUCCUAGCCUAUCUCAAUGUACCUCCCGACACUAGAAGGCAUAGAUGUGGGCCACAAGGGUUAAGUGAUUAAGUACAUAUCCGAAAUUUGAUUGCUCUGGGCUUUCUGGAGACACCAGAGAGCAAAGCCGAAAUAGUGUCCCACAUUGGGACUGUCCUGCUAAGCUCAUGAAUGUUGGCAAGUUUGUCUCUAAACAUCACUGAUGCAUUACACAAUUUACUCCAGUACAGUGGGUGCUUAUGAAGGGGAUUGCAGUUGUAUUUGGUAACUGGACUAAUACUACAAACUCCCUUUUUCUUUGCACUUGCAAGCAUUGCUUAUGUAUUCUACUUACCUGUUCAUUUUUCUACAAUUUUGCAUAGAAGAGUUCUAUGUGUACCAAGUAAAUAUUUAGUCGAUCCUCCCUUAGGUAUAAAAUCCAAAUAAGUUCUAAAAAAACAAAACAAAACCAACAGAUGCACACCAAUGUCACUGCUAAUGCUAAUAUAGCUUUAUUUAAAAAACAAUGCAACAGAUACAUAAAUAAUACACAUAAAACGACUAAACAUUAUAUAUACAUUAUAUAUGUAUUUGUUGCAUUGCUUUGUAAAUAAAGCUGCAGUGGCACUAACAUUUGUGUUCUACUAUCUAAAAAAUCAAAUAAUUAGAAAAAUGUUUUUUUCAACUGCACGUAUGAGUAAACUUGUAUACUUUGAGAGCCCCACGAAUUAAAUAUAUAUAUAUAUAUAUAAAAAUUUUAAUGUCACUUACAUGUCUUGCCAGAGUGAUUUUCAGCGGCUCAUGAGUUCCACGGAGGAAUCCUGUCGCAAUUUGGCGUUCAACUUGGCUUUGCGCUCUAUCCAGUGUAAUCCCAGGUGAGUGCCUAUGGCCAGAGCUCCAUGUGCUACUGGCUGGAGAGAAGUGUGUGUGUUUUGAUAGGUGGAACAAAGCAAGUGUAUUGCAAAACUUAAUUUGAGAAAAAUAUAUAUCCGUUCAUUAGGUUCUGAGAUAUGUGCCAGUAAUCCAACAAUCUAAAGGGGAGUAGGACAGGCAAACAAGAGGGUCAGAUCACUAGAAAACUAGCCACCCAGGCAAAGACUGGAGAGCUAUUCGCAUUAGUUUACAUAUGGAAGGGGGUGCCAGUGACACCUUGCCAAGCACCAGAUUAAUAGGUAACUCAGCAAGCCAGCCAACCAGGACUGCCCAUGCACACAGCCGCGCAGCACCUCUUCUCUUGGACAGAGGGGAAACAAAUGUGACAUUUGGGAGUUAUGGAGAUUGGAAGACUGGUAAGAUUUGAAUGACAAAACCCAUUAAAAAAAAAUAUCAAACCAUUUAGCAGUUUUCAUGAUACUUUUAACAGUAUUCACUUAAUUAGAGCUUGUGAUUGAGUACUCAUGUUAUAUAUAUUUCUGAAUAAUUAUAGUCUGGUCUAGAACUGGUGCAGGACACAGGAGAUUUGAGGUGUUACAGGAAAUGGUUUAUUACAUUACGAGCUAGCUAUGUUGUCCUUAUAAUUCAGGUGCAUGACCUGUAACAUAGAUCAUUGCAAUUGAUUUUCCAGUCAAUGAAAUGAACAGCUUUUAAUGCAGUGUUAAUGUUCUGUAUACAUGUGGUCUAUAUUAUAUUCUAAUGAUAAUGGUACUUUGUAGAAUUUCUCAAUUCUCUCGCAGUUGGAGUGUUUGUAAGGAACUCCAAGUGCUAACUUUGUGAUCAAACUGUCCCUUGAACAUGUUGGAUUUGUCUAGAGCCUGCUAUUGUCUCAUAGUAAUCUAAUGUCAGAGCUUUUGAUAGAAGCUCAUCUGUCACUUUAAAAGCUGAUGAAUGUUAAUAGUCCUGGCACAUCUGCAUAUAUCAAAGUGGAUUCAUUGAUCAAACAAGUCCAGAAAGUAACAGCUCUAUUGAAGAUGGCUUAUCUUGAGUUUAGGGGGGCUCAUUAUCAGGGUAGCUCUGUGCUCUCCUAGUCACUCUUGGCAUGCCAUGCAACCAAACAGAUGUAAAGACAUGUAGCUACGCAGCAAUAAAACCAGAGCAUAACCCGGGCUCACAUUGCCUGCCAGAUCAUUAAUGUGCAGCUUCAAAAAGUAAGCAAAAGUGGCAUUUUCUUCCCUUAACAAACAGAAUUUUCAUAUUUGGUCGGGUGAAAUGAAGUUCGUUAUAACAGCAGUGGCUUACUUUUUUAGAUUCAUUUAAAGAACAGGCUCUAGUUUCGUUAACAUUUUCAGUAAUUACAAUGAUUUAUAUAGCGCCAACAUGGGCUGCAGCGCACUUACCAGGAGAAGCGGAAUCUGCUGAAAUUACCAAAAAUGAUUAGAAGAAAACAAAAUAAAUAAUCGUCCUUUCAAGGCUAAAUAAAACACAUAUCUAAAAUCAACAGAAGGACUGUAGUCGCAUAUUAUGUUUAUAACUUUCCAUAGCUUCUAUGUAUUGGGAUUUUGGCCACGCUUCUUAUUAUGGGACCCUACAAAGGCUUUAAAUCACUUAAAGUCCCAGUAAGUAUGUAAUGCAGAGCUCUGGGAUGCUGUGUUAAAUGAUAACAUUUAGUGGAUUCAUCUCAUAUGAGCAAAUAUUAGGUUAGGACCCGCUGGAACAGGGGUACUUUUACAGUGUUGCAGGCUAAGCAUUUUAUGGCCAUAAUGUGUGACUAUAACCCCAUUUGUUUUAUCAUUGCUGUUUUUAUUAAGCCAUUGUAGAUCUAUAACUUGUUUAAUGUAGAGUGAGCUGGUUUUGUUUUUGCAGGUAUUUGUUUGUAUAUAGAUGCAAAAGAAUAUAGGAUUUCAGUAUCAUGUGAUACCAUUGUUCUAGGAUAAAAAUAAUUAUUAAAAGAUACUGAAAUACUAUCUUAUUUUACAUCUAUAUAGUUUUACAUCUGUGUCUUUGCUUUCUGUACUGUGUUAUCUUUAAAAUUUAUUAAAGGAACACACCAGUGGGUAAUUUUUAAAAACUAUAUAGUAAAUAUGGCUGUAAAAAAAAAACAAAAACAAGCAAAUACAGUAUUUUUUUGUGUGCAUGUUUUCUUUGGGGCCAUAUGAAAAAUCAGCUUACAAACACUGCAGAUUUGCUAUCUGCAGCCUUUACAAGCCCCUCCUCUCUUUCCCUGACACAGACUUCCAGUCAAGCUGAAUAUUAGCCAAUCCGAGGCCUCCCACUGAGAAGGCUAAGAGCUAGAGCCACGUGUGUGUGCAUGUGAUCGCAGUAGUACAGUUCAUUGAGAAAGGGGGAAGACAGGUGCUCUAUAGCCCACAGUGCCUUCCUCUUCUGUUCGCUCUACCCCAGUUGUGAAAGUGCAGAGUUCUAUUAAAACCAGCAAUUUUAUUAACUGUCAAAACAAAAUACAGAUUCCAUUUACAUGCAGCUCUUCAAGCUUGAAGUGCUUUAUGUCUGCAGUGUACUUUUAAAUAUGUGUAAUAUUUGUACUUAAAAAGUUGUGAGUGAAUUUAGAUUUUUGUGUGCUCAUUGUUGUGUUCUGCUGUCAUUAUUAGUUAUGUGAGAAGUCAAGUGCAAAUUUAAAGCUAAAACAACGGAGCUUGGAGAGUAUAUUUUUCCACUUCUGCUAUUGUAUCUUAAAAAUUGUUCUUUUGUAAAUGGCCCAGAAAUCCAUUACUGCACGAGGUCUGUCAGAAAAAAGUCAAGCCAUUGUUAAUAUAAUGAGAAAGGUUUGCGCGACAUUGAUGUAACCUGGCAGCCAAGGAGAGUGGACUGGAAUGGGCAUGCGUGAUCAAUAAUGACUUCACUGUACUAGUCAGUGGGGAUGCUAGACACCUUGGGUUGAGCAUGUGUGCUGUGUGGCCGCCGCAUUCAAAAUGACUGAGCAAGUAGAGCAACAAAUCUGCCUAAAAUCUUGCGUUAAACAUGAACACUCCUCCACAAAAACUAUUGGGAUGAUGCAGAAGGCUUUCGGCUAUGAUGCAAUGAGUGCAGGGCAAAUAAAAGUGUGGCAUGUUGAACGAUUUGGCACCCUGCCACUUCUGGCUUUUCCCAAAAUUAAAAUCAUCUCUGAAAGGGAAGGGAUUUCAGAUCGUCAGUGAGAUUCAGGUAAAUGCCACAAGGCCGCUGAUGGUGAUUCCAACAAAGGAUUUUGCAGAGACACUGGGAGAACUGUGUGAGGUCCUGAUUUUAAGAGGACGAGGUGUCGUUGUCCUGUGUACAAUGUUUCUUGAAUCUCUUUCAUUAAAUGUCUCUAUUUUUUUCAUAUUACCUGGCUGGAUACUUUCCCGACAGAUCUCGUAUAGCUCUAAGGAGUAAAUUCUCAUUGCAAAGUAAUCACAAUGUCUGAUUUCAUUAGUUUACACUACAUGUUUUGCUGCUACCUCAGGAAACCACAGGAAGACGUAAAAUGCAUAGUUACAAUUCCAAUAUGGGGGAGUGAUGUAGUGGAAUUGACACACUGCUGUUAUUUUGCAGGACAAGAAGGUUGGUUAACAUUGUAGCAAGUUGUAAACACUAACAUUAUCAUUGUGUCUCCUCAGCAUUGCCUCGGACUACCUGCCUACGUUUAUGUAUUGUCUGGGCAGCAGAGACUUUGAAGUGGUUCAGACAGCAUUAAGAAACCUGCCUGAGUACACCCUUCUCUGUCCAGGUUUGUAUUUUAUUAAAAUUAAACUUUAAUUCACUUUAUACCAAUAUAUCUCUACUUCUCCACAUAUUUAACAAUAAUCACCGUUAGCUGCUAUUUUAUUAUUAUUUUUUUCCUUGUCUGAUAUUUUAAAACCUACAUAUUGAUUUGCUCCCAAACCUUGACAUCAUGUGUCAUUAUUUGGCCAAACAUUUUUCGGGCACCAAGUAAUGAAAAAAAGAGUUCACUGGAUGUUUUUAAUCAAUGGCAUUCUGGAUUGAAUUAAGCAUAGACAUUUCAUUCUAAUAAGCCUAUUUUAUUUAAUUUUUUUACUUUUUUUUUUUUACUUGGGUUCACUAAAGGCUUUUUAGGGGGAACACUGCUCUGCAGAGUUUGGUCAUGUCCUUCCUUAAACAAUGGAUUUUCUUUUCACAGAGCAUGCCGCUGUACUUCUUCACAGAGCCUUUCUUGUUGGCAUGUAUGGUCAAAUGGACACCAGUCCCCAGAUCUCUGAAGCCUUGAAGGUCCUACACAUGGAAGCCAUGAUUUAAGAAUAUAAGGUUUAUUGGAGAGAACAGGACUUUUUUAGACAUAAGCUUACAUUUGGGUGCUUUCAUGCAUUCGAAGGAUUACAAGACAAAAGCAUUGUCCAAUCCAGUUUAAAGUUUCAGUUAGUAAUGUAUUAACCCUUUAAGGACACAUGACAUGUCAUGAUUCCCUUUUAUUCCAGAAGUUUGGUCCUUAAGAGGUUAAAGCUAUUUUUGAUUUGUUAACUUUUUAUUUUAAUUUUUAUUUUUGAUCCUUAUUGACUGUAAUGACAAUUGUAAUUAAACGGUCUUAUUUAAAAAAAAUAAUAAAAUUUAAAAAAAACAGAGCAAUGCGCAGGACUCAUGGUAAGCAUGGAACACAGAGAGAUUUAGCAGAAUACAAAUAUGGGGUGUUUGCGUAUUCUGUGAAUUUUCCCCAAAUAAAUGUGUGGGGGAAAAAAAAAAAAAAACUGAAACAAAUAACUGCAUUUGAUCAAAUGGUUAAAUGAAAAGUAUCAAAAUGCUCUUACUUACCUGAAUACACACUUCCUUCUAGCCAUACGAAUUCAUAUUCACAUGGGGUGAUAGACUGAAAGUGGUCAGCUGAGAUUCACUGCCAAUCCCAUUUGCCCAUUAGCCUAAGCCGCAAAGAGGGAGGGUGGGGGGAUAGGCAUUAAGAACAGUUUAACUCUAAAUGGAAGGAUGGCACCAGGGGACUCCAUACACUAUAUAACCAUCACAGUAAGCUAAAGCAGUUAGUCUAUAAUGUCCAUUUAAGGAUAUCUUUGUAUUGUGCUGCAUUCUACUUUCUCUCAAAAUCAAUCAUAAAGCAUGAUGCUACCACCUCUAUGUUUCACCAUUGGGAUGGUAUUUUGCAGGCUAAAAUAGGUGUCUGAUUUCUUCAAGGCAUGACCGUUUGAAUUGAGACUAAACAUUCAUCAGGCCAGAGAAUCUUCUUUCUCUCAAUCUGAAAGUACUUUUAUGGCUUUGAUGUGUCUUGCAGUGAGGAGAGGCUUCCAUCUGGUCAAUCUAUCAUAAAGGCCAGUUUGGGAGAGUGCUGCAGUGUUGGUUGUACUUCUGCAAGUUUCUCCCAGCUCUGCACAUGAUCUCUGGAGUUAACCCAGAAUGGCUGUCAGGUUCUCUGUCACCUCCCGAACCAAGGUCUUUCUCCCUCAAUUGUUCAGAUUGGCAGGCGUCCAGCUCUAGGAAGAGUCCUGUUUGUUCAAAUUUCUUCCAUUGAAGAAGUAUGAAGACCACUGUGCUCUUUGGAAACAUUCAGUGCAGCCGAACAUGUAUUGUAGCCAUCCUCAUAUCUGUGCCUCGACACAAUCCUGUCUCUGAGCUCUGCAGUCAGUUCCUUUGACCUCAUGGUUUGGUUUUUGCGCUGAUACACAUUUACAGUUGUGAGACCUUAUAUAAUCACGUAUGUGCCUUUCCAAAUAAUUUCCAUGUAGAAACAUCUCAAAGAUGGUCAAAAGAAAUAUGAUUCAUUCAAGCUAAAUUUCAAGUGUCAUAGGAAAGUGUCUGAACACAUGUCAAAGUGAUAGCUUUUUGAUAAAUUUCCAAAGUAUUAAAAAAUCUGGUAUUUCCUCUGUGAUUAUGGAGAUUGACGUGUGGGAAAAAAAAAUGUUUUUAAACGAUUGUAGCAUAAGCCUGCAACAAAAAAUUAAGGUGUAUACUAAGUUACAAGAACAAUUAUGUUUUCAUGGACACAUAUAACUUUUUUCAUAUUUAUGAAAAGUGAUGCCCUGCAGUAUGUUUAAUGCAUAUUAAAAUAUUAAAAAUUAAAUUUAAAAUUCUG